AUGGCUGAGCAAUUGAGAUUCGACGGCCAGGUUGUUGUCGUCACCGGCGCUGGCGGUGGUCUCGGCAAGGCCUACGCUCUUUUCUUCGCUUCGCGCGGCGCGAGCGUCGUUGUCAACGACUUGGGAGGUUCGUUCCAGGGCGAGGGUAACUCUUCGAAGGCUGCCGAUGUUGUGGUCGACGAGAUUAAGAAGGCGGGCGGCAAGGCUGCUGCCAACUACAACAGCGUCGAGGAUGGCGACAAGAUCAUCGAGACUGCCAUCCAGGCCUUUGGCCGCGUUGAUGUCGUCAUCAACAAUGCUGGUAUCCUGCGGGAUAUCAGCUUCAAGAACAUGACCGACCAGGACUGGGACCUCAUUAUGAAGGUUCAUGUCAAGGGUGCUUACAAGGUUGCCCGCGCUGCUUGGCCGCACUUUAGAAAACAAAAGUAUGGCCGUGUCAUCAACACUGCCUCUGCGGCUGGUCUGUUCGGCAACUUCGGUCAGACCAACUACUCGGCUGCCAAGUUGGCCAUGGUUGGUUUCACCGAGACUCUGGCUAAGGAGGGUGCCAAGUACAACAUUAUGUGCAACGUCAUUGCUCCUAUUGCCGCCAGCCGAAUGACCUCCACUGUCAUGCCCCCCGAUGUCCUCGAGCAGCUCAAGCCCGAGUGGGUGGUUCCCCUGGUCGCUGUCCUCGUCCACUCCGGCAACAAGAGUGAGAACGGCGGCAUUUUCGAAGUUGGCGGUGGUCACGUUGCCAAGCUCCGCUGGGAGCGAUCCAACGGUCUGCUCCUCAAGGCCGACGACUCCUACACCCCAAGCGCUAUCCUGAAGAAGUGGGAUCAGGUUGUCGACUUCUCCAACAAGCCGCAGUACCCUUCUGGUCCCAAUGACUUCUUGACUCUGCUCGAGGACUCCAUGAAGAUGGGACCCAGCGAGCAGGGCGGUAAGGUCGACUUCACCGGCAAGGUUGCCCUCGUCACUGGUGGUGGUGCAGGUAUCGGCCGCGCUUACUGCUUGGCCUUUGCCAAGUACGGCGCCACUGUCGUUGUCAACGACCUCAUGAACCCCGAUGAUGUCGUCAACGAGAUCAAGAAGGCUGGCGGCAAGGCCGUUGGUGUCAAGGCUUCUGCCGAGGAUGGCGAUGCAUGUGUCAAGGCUGCCAUUGACAACUACGGCCGCAUUGAUAUCGUUGUCAACAAUGCCGGUAUCCUCCGUGACAAGGCCUUUGCCAACAUGGACGACAACCUCUGGGACCCCGUCUUCAAUGUGCACCUCCGCGGCACCUACAAGGUCACCAAGGCUGCCUGGCCUUACUUCCUCAAGCAAAAGUACGGCCGUGUCAUCAACACCACCUCCACCAGCGGUGUCUACGGCAACUUUGGCCAGGCCAACUACGCUGCUGCUAAAUGCGGUAUCCUCGGAUUCUCCCGAGCCCUCGCCAUUGAAGGCCAAAAGUACAACAUCUUUGUCAACACUAUCGCCCCCAACGCCGGCACCGCCAUGACCGCCACCGUCAUGCCUCCCGAGAUGGUCCAGGCCUUCAAGCCCGACUACAUUGCGCCUCUGAUCCUCGCUCUCUGCGGCGACAACUGCCCCGACCCCACCGGCGGACUGUACGAAGUCGGCAGCGGCUGGUGCGGCAAGACUCGCUGGCAGCGAACCGGCGGCCACGGAUUCCCCGUCAACGUGACCCUCGUGCCUGAGGAGGUUGUCAAGCACUGGAAGGACAUUGUCAACUUUGACGAUGACCGCGUGGAUAACCCUGAGAAGGCCCAGGAUUCUAUGAUGAAGAUUAUGGGCAACAUGGGCAACGUUGCUGAGAAGGCCGACACCACCGCCAGCAACGAGUACCUCGAUGCCAUCAAGGCCGUCAUCGGCAAGGAAGGUCCCGCCGUUGAAUUCAAAUUCGAAGAGCGCGACUCAAUCCUCUACAACCUCGGUCUCGGUGCCAAGCACAACGAGCUGAAAUACGUCUUUGAGGGCGCCGAGGACUUCCAAGUCCUUCCCACCUUUGGCGUCAUCCCCAUCUUCAGCGCCGACAUGCCCUUCGACUUUGGCAACCUCAUCCCCAACUUCUCGCCCAUGAUGCUCCUCCACGGCGAGCAGUACCUCGAGAUCCGCAAGUUCCCGCUCCCCACGAGCGGGACCCUCGAAUCGCGCGGCAAGCUCGUCGAGGUGGUGGACAAGGGCAACGCCGCUGUCGUGAAGACGGCCCUCACGACCGUCAACAAAGAGACCGGCGAGGACGUCUUCUACAGCGAGAUGACGGCCUUUGUGCGCGGCAGCGGCGGCUUCGACGGCCCCAAGAAGGGUCAGGAUAGGGGUGCUGCUACGGCUGCGAAUGCGCCUCCCAAGAGGGCUCCUGAUACGGUUGUCGAGUCGAAGACGGAUGAGAACCAGGCUGCUAUUUAUCGUCUGAGCGGCGACUACAACCCACUGCAUAUUGACCCCUCGUUCGCCAAGAUGGGCGGCUUUAAGCGUCCUAUCCUUCAUGGUCUUUGCUCGUUUGGCGUUGCUGGUAAAGCUAUCUACGAGGCUUUCGGACCGUUUAAGAACAUCAAGGUGCGGUUUGCGGGCACCGUGGACCCCGGCCAGACUCUUGUGACGGAGAUGUGGCGCGAGGGCAACAAGGUCGUUUUCCAGACGAAGAUUAAGGAGACUGGGAAGAUGGCUAUCGGCGGUGCUGCGGUUGAGUUGCUUGAGGGGGGGAAUAGCAAGAUUUAG